GACACCUAGCUUUCAAGAAACUAUACAAAGUUUUUAGUUCACUUAAUUUCAUUGGCUUCGUGUCACUUCAAAAACAGCUUUUUACGGAUUGUUGUGAUGUCUGAGGAACACGAACAGAUUUUAACAGCUAUGAGAGAAUUAUCCAAAAACGAUAAAUAUUCUAUUCUACUUCCUACAUAUAACGAAGUUGAAAAUUUACCGAUUAUAGUAUGGCUAAUUGUAAAAUAUAUGGACGAGAGUCAAUUUGCGUAUGAAAUUAUUAUAAUAGACGAUGGUUCACCGGAUGGUACUUUAGAUAUAGCAAAAAAGUUACAAAAGCUUUAUGGAGAAGAUAAAAUAAUUUUGAAACCAAGGGAGAAAAAACUUGGACUAGGAACGGCUUAUAUGCAUGGAAUUAAAUAUGCGACAGGAAAUUUUAUCGUUUUAAUGGAUGCAGAUCUUUCUCAUCAUCCCAAGUAUAUUCCGAAAAUGAUAGAACUUCAAAAAUAUCAAAAUUUGGAUAUCGUUAGUGGAACCAGAUACGUUGGAGGAGGUGGUGUUCAUGGUUGGGAUUUUAAAAGAAAAUUGAUAAGUAGAGGUGCUAAUUUUUUAACACAACUUUUACUAAGACCUGGUGCGAGUGAUCUUACAGGGAGUUUUAGGCUUUAUAAAAAAGAUGUAUUAGAACAACUCAUUAAAUCAUGUGUAUCAAAAGGAUAUGUAUUUCAAAUGGAGAUGAUAGUAAGAGCACGACAAUUUAAUUAUACAAUAGGUGAAGUUCCUAUUGCAUUUAUUGACCGAGUAUAUGGUGAAUCUAAACUGGGUGGUUCUGAGAUUUUCCAGUUUGCAAAAGGUCUUCUGUAUCUAUUUGCUACCACAUAAAAAAAAUUUUACAUACGUAUUAAAAAAUAUAACAACAUUCCUUUUGAAUUUAUAUUAAGAUAAUAAAAAAUCUGUGUAUAUUAAAAUGAUUAUGAAAUGAAAUAUUUA